CGAUGCAAAUUUUAGCGCCGAUGCUCAGGCAGUGAUUCGCGCGGACGGGUCGGAUGCUGUGCGCGAUGCAGCAUCGGUUGACGCAUUCGAACCGUGGCGGCCGUCGGCAUCCACGUGGCCUUGUUUGUUCCCUCUGGUGCAAACACGUACUGUUAUUGCUCGGGGUUAGGGUUAACUGCAUACUUCCAUUUGACACCAUCCUGAACAUGAGCUACGCUCAGAAUCCGUUUGCCUCCACCCAUUCCCUGGACACAAAUCCAUUCGAUGACCCGACUCCACCGCAGUCACAGAGUACUGACACUCGUUUGGAGGAGCUGCAACAACGCGAGCUCGACCUAGAGCGACGCGAACAGGAACUCAAUAGAAAGGCUGAGCAUAUAAGGCAGCAUGGCAAGAACAACUGGCCGCCUUUUUUUCCCUUGAUUUUCCAUUCUAUCCCGGAAGAAAUACCGGAGGCAUCGCAGCCUCUUAUAACCCGUCUAUAUCAGCUAUGGCUGGUGCUUCUUGGCACACUUGUCCUCAAUAUGAUCGCCUGUAUUUUCAUCCUUAUUGCUGGUUCCUCUGAUGGUGGGCGCGACGUCGGCGCCAGUAUAGGUUACUUGUUCGUAAUUUCCGUCACCUCCUUUCUUCUCUGGUAUCGCCCGAUUUACAACGGUUACAUGAAGGAACAAGCCUUGUAUUAUUACCUUUACUUCUUCUUUGGCGGGUUCCAUCUCCUAUUCAGCAUCUACAUGAUCAUCGGAGUACCUAGCACUGGUUCUGCUGGCCUUAUCCAGACGAUUCAGAUGUUUGUAAACCACCACUGGGUAGCUGCAAUCUUGGGCUUGGUGGCUACAAUAGGCUGGAUCAUUCAAGGUGUCGGUAAUGCCUUCUAUUACCGCCAGAUCUAUGCACACCACACUGUCGCAGGGCAUACUAUGGAGAAGGCCAAAACGGAGCUGGCCUCCCACGGCGCGAAAGCAUACUUCACACGGGGUUGAGUUGCGCCCCUCAGUUGCAAGCUCGAGCGUCUGUUCCUUAUCUUGAAUUAUAUUCUGGAGC